AUGGCGGUAUCGUCCUCGAAGAGGGCUAUGUUUGUGUGCGGUGACUUCGGGAUGUCGGAUGUGUAUAUGUUAAAUAAUGUUGGGCCAAGUAUUGAUCCUUGUGGGACGCCAGCUAAGAUUGGUUGGAAAGAAGAAAAGUUGUCAUUUAUUUUAACAGAAACCUUAUCAAAGGCCUUAGAGAUGUCUAUGAAAACGGCACAAGUGUGA